GUCGCCAAAGCGGACACCUGGGGACGGAACCACAGCUCCCACCAGGCCAGCGAGGCAGGAGGACGGAAAAGGAAAGCUCGGAGAAGAAGUGAACAUUACCUGCUAGCAGAGGUCCGUUCUAGGUGGCAACAGCCAUGCAAUUCUCCAGCUCAUCCAGGGCAGCAGAUGAGAAUUUUGACUAUUUGUUCAAGAUUAUCCUCAUUGGGGAUUCCAAUGUGGGGAAGACGUGUGUGGUGCAGCAUUUCAAAUCUGGGGUCUACACGGAGACGCAGCAGAACACGAUUGGGGUGGAUUUCACUGUGCGCUCCCUUGAGAUCGAUGGCAAGAAAGUGAAGAUGCAAGUGUGGGACACAGCAGGCCAGGAGCGCUUCCGGACCAUCACGCAAAGCUACUACCGCAGCGCCCACGCGGCCAUCAUCGCCUACGACCUCACCCGACGCUCCACCUUUGAGUCUGUUCCUCACUGGAUCCACGAGAUAGAAAAAUAUGGCGCGGCGAACUUGGUCAUUAUGCUGAUUGGGAACAAGUGUGACAUGUGGGAAAAACGGCAUGUCCUGUUUGAAGAUGCCUGCACGCUGGCUGAGAAACACGGCCUCCUUGCUGUUCUGGAAACAUCUGCUAAGGAGUCUAAGAACAUAGACGAGGUCUUCGUGCUGAUGGCCAGGGAGCUGAUUGCCCGCAACAGCCUGCACUUGCUUGGUGAGGGCCCCCUGAACAACCUGGCCAUGGGUUCCAGGCCGGUUCUUGUGGCCCAGGGGCCGAAGGAGAAGACCCACUGCAUGUGCUGAGUAUGCCCUCGAGGCCAGCUGCACACACCGGACGCCUGAUGUCAGAAACCAAAGUUGGCCGGAUAUCCUGUUGUCGGCCCAGAGCAUCUCAGACCAAAGCACAGACUUGCCUCUGGCCCUAACCCCGCCCCCUGGAUGGGGAGCACCAUUGCCUUGAUUCACACCUGAGGCCAGAACUGCGGACUCCGAGGAAGAGGACACCAGUGUUUCUUUGGAUCCCGCCUAGGGCUUAAGGCACAGGGGUAGGAGGACAAGAUCUGCUUUUCCAGCCUUCCAUUUUCUGUCUCCCCAACCUUUCAACGGCUUUCUACUGAAUUCUGCUCCUCACUCAAAGAAGAGGGUAGUGAAGGCAAGAGGAAAGGAGGCAUAUCAAGAGGGGGAGAGGAUGUUUAGAACAUUCCAGGGCAGUUUAUAGCAGCUCUGGCAAGGGAGGAUGGAAAAAACCCUGCAGUGAUAAACCAGAAUGCUGCUGACAUUCAAAUCUCAGGUCUUUAGCUUGGGGGGCAAAGCCUUUGACAGAAAGACCAUCAACACUGUUUUGCCGAAUGGUCAAGUGCCAUGUGACGGAGACAGAAUGGGAUCUCACUUUAUCCUAGUUAGAUUGCUUUGACCACCCUCCUAGAAUGCGGGAGAUGCCUACAGUUUCCUUUCUAAAAUACCACAUUACCUGCUGGAUAAAAACUCACUUCUGAAUUGCAAUUAAAUGGGUUCAUAGAUGAAUUUCAAGACAAAAGUGACCUCACUGUGUGGCCCCUGUGCAUGCCCCGGACCCUCCAACACCUGUGAGAAAUAAACGUCCUUUUUUCGAA